CAACAAUUUUUUAUAAACGUAUUUUUGGCUUUAAAAGGUCUAAAUAACCCGUCGAUGAUAGGUUUAGUGUUAAAUUUUGUAAGAGAUUAGGAAAACAGUUUCUUUUAUGCAUUUUUUCUUAUUAAUGAAAAGUAAUUUUUGUCGAUGAAUCGAAUGGGAGGACACGGACAUGGUCAUGAGCCUCCAUACAAAGUGCCUAGCCCUGACAUUUAUAAAGUCGAAGAUGUGCCCCAAUUAGUAAAGGUUCAACAAAAAUUGGCAAAGUUGGGACUCAAAGAUCCUUGGCUACGGAAUGAAGUCUGGCGUUAUGAUAAAAGCUUUGGAAAAUCUGUUACUAGCCGUGUUCUAACUUUCUUCUUCCGAGGAUGGAAAUUUGCAGUUCCAGCAUUCUUGUUGACAAUAGGGAUUGAACAUGCACUUGGGAUUUCAGACCAUCAUGGUCAGGGCCAUGGUGAGGAACACGAUGAACAUCAUUAAUAUCUCUUAUUAUCUCAAUUCUAUUAAGCAUUGUCAUGGCUGACGUAGUGUGUAAUAAAAAUGGAAAGAAAAUAUUUCUUCUUGUUAUAUUUGCAUGUAAAUUAGUUGGCAAAUACUGUAAUUCUAGAAAUUGGUGCAUAAAUUAUGAUUUGGGACAUAAAUAAUAAGUACAUUUCAUAAAACAUUGCUUCAAUUAAAAUUACUAUUAUGUUUUUUCACUAUUGUACAUUAUACCUUAUAUGGAAGGCUAAAUCAAAGAUCAUCAGUUUAACAAAUAGGUUAUAUAAAAAAUCUCUCAUCAAUUAGAGACUUAUUAGCUAAAUUUCGUUUGCUAUUAAAUUUCCAAAUUAAGACUACCAGUUGUGAUAUACUGAAGGUACAUAUCAUAGCAAGAAUGUAACUCUCCGAAAAGACUUCAAUGAAUAUAAAUAACGUUAUUUCAAAUGUAGCUAAUGUGCACUCAUUUCCAUGAAACAGGACGCGAUCAAAUGAGUAUUUAUUAUCUGGAAUAAAAUUCAGUUAAUGCACACUGGAAAUAUA